GUGGGGUCAACAAGGCCUAGGCCAGACAAAUAUUGCUUUCACUGUAAUAAACUUGCCUCUACGCGUCUCCAUUUAAGGAAGAAAAGCCUUGCAGACAACCGCAAAGUCGGCUGUGACGAGUAGCCAUGGAGAGCGAUCUGCAGGCUAGGGAUCGAAUUGGAGUGCAAGAUUUCGUUCUUCUCGAGGACUUUAGAAGCGAAGAUGCUUUCCUGGAAAAUUUGCGGAAGCGCUACAACUCUGGCUUGAUUUAUACCUACAUUGGCACCGUGGUCGUUUCAGUAAAUCCAUACAAGACUCUUCCGAUUUACAAUCAAGAUGUUAUCGAGAAAUAUCGGGGUGAAAAUCUAUAUGAACUCCCACCUCAUAUCUAUGCCAUUUCAGAUGCAGCUUACCGUUCAAUGAAAGAGGAGAGAAUCGAUCAAUGUGUGUUAAUUUCUGGGGAAAGUGGAGCUGGAAAGACAGAAGCAUCUAAGAAGAUAUUGGAGUAUUUGGCAGCAAUCAGUACUUACUCAGAUGACGUGGAACGAAUCAAAGACCGACUCCUUCAAAGUAACCCUGUUUUAGAGGCAUUUGGCAAUGCAAGAACCAAUCGAAAUGAUAACUCAAGUCGAUUUGGCAAGUACAUGGACAUUCAGUUUGAUUUCAAGGGAUCCCCGGUUGGAGGACAUAUUAUCAACUAUUUGUUGGAAAAGUCUAGAGUUGUCCAUCAGGCAAAAGGUGAAAGAAAUUUCCACAUCUUCUACCAGUUAUUGCAAGGGGGUAGUGACGAGUUGCUGGAGAAGCUUCAGUUAGAACGAGAAAGUCUAAAAUAUUUUUACCUCAACCAGGGUGGUGAUACUCAUGUGGAAACAUUAAACGAUGCCUCAGACUUCAAGCGUGUGAGGAAAGCUCUGUCCGUUAUUGAGUUCUCUGCUGAAGAACAAGAUGCACUCUUCGCUAUUAUUGCCUCUGUCAUCCACCUGGGAACAGUUGGGUUUUUGGAGCCUGAAAUUGAACAUGGUGAAGUUAAACUAGAAAAUGGGAGACCUGUAAAUAUUAUUUCUAAGCUUCUAGGCUGCUCAGAAGAGGUCUUUGAGAAAGCCUUAACCAGUCGGACUGUAGAGACUAGAGGAGAUAAGGUGAGAACGCCACUGACAAGUGAGCAAGCAAUUUAUGCUCGUGAUGCUCUGGCAAAGGCUGUAUAUGACAGGAUGUUUACCUGGCUGGUGCAUCGGAUCAAUACUUCUCUUGUGAACAAGGUACACCACNGCUCCUACACUCUGGAACACUCUUCCUGGGAAAAGGUUGAUUACUUUGACAACAAGAUCAUCUGUGAUCUUAUAGAAGCCAAGCAUCAAGGCAUCAUUGCAUUGCUGGAUGAGGAAUGUUUGCGUCCUGGAGAAGUAUCAGAUAUGACAUUCCUUGACAAGAUGGAAAAGACAAUUGGAGAACAUGCUCAUUUUGUCAGCCAUGCAACAUCUGGCUACAGUGAGAGGAAAACUAUUGAAAGAGAGGAAUUCAGACUGAAGCACUAUGCUGGUGAUGUAACAUACUGUGUGAAUGGUUUUAUGGACAAAAACAACAAUCUUCUGUUUCGAGAUCUGAAAGAAGCCAUGUGUAACAGUACCAACUCUAUUACAUCAGAGGUGUUUCCCAAGAAAGAAAUGCUGUCACUGAAAAGGCCAGAAACAGCUGGAACUCAGUUCAAGGCAAGCUUAAAUAAUCUGAUGUCAAUCUUGAUGUGCAAACAACCAUCUUACGUCAGAUGCAUCAAACCAAAUGAUUCAAAGAAAGCAGCUGUCUUUCAAGACGAUCUUGUGCGACAUCAAGUAAAAUACCUUGGUUUAAUGGAGAACUUGAGAGUAAGGAGGGCUGGGUUUGCCUACCGUAGACCUUUUCCAUUCUUCCUUCAAAGGUACAAGUGUUUGUGUCCAGAUACUUGGCCAGUUUGGAAUGGUGAACCAGGUGAAGGAGUGACAAAAAUCUGCAAGUAUCUCAACUACAAACCUGAUGAAUAUAGGAUUGGCAAGUCAAAAAUUUUUAUCAGAUUUCCACAAACAUUGUUUGCUACAGAAGAUGCUUUUCAAGCUAAGAAGCCUGCGCUUGCAACAAUUAUCCAGGCUCAAUUCAAGGGCUACUAUCAGAGAAAGAAAUUUGUCACAAUGCGAUUGGCAACCAUCGUCAUUGCCAAACACUGGAAACGGGUUCUUGCCAAAAGGCUGCUUGAACAACGUAGAAAAGCUGCACACCGGAUACGCAAGUUUAUCAAGGGAUUCAUAACAAGAAACCAGCCUGCAAGUGAGGAUAAUGUUGAUUUUGUAGCAUAUGUGAGGAAGUCCCACCUUCUCCUGCUUGCAAAAAGUUUGCCUACCAGUGUUUUAGACAAGAGUUGGCCAAAGCCUCCUGGAUCAAUGGUAGAGGCAUCUGAGCUACUGCACAAGAUGCACACUCUUCAGCUUGCUAGGAAAUAUGUUAAAAGUGUCACACCUGAGAGGAAAGCUCAGCUGGACAUGAAGGUGGCAGCCAGUGCAAUGUUCAAAGGGAAGAAAGCCAACUAUGAGCAGAGCAUAGCAGUACCUUUCAUUCCACACAGACUUGAGAUUGCUCAGGAGAUACUGAAGAAGAGCGUUACAGAGAAGCAGAUUGUUCCAUCAUCAGAAACCAUCAGGUACUGCAUUGGAGUGCACAAGUACGACAGAAAUGGCUACAAACUCAGAACACGCAUCCUCAUCCUCACAGAGCAGGCUAUUUAUGUUCUGGAUGACAAGAACUAUAAACUCAAGCAUAGAAUUGUAAAUGGAAGUCUGACAGGUAUUUCAGUCAGUUCUAAAACUGAUGGCGUUCUUGUCCUUCACAUGCCAGUUGAAGAUAAGAGUGACAAGGGUGAUCUCAUUCUGACAAGCAGUCAUGUUAUUGAGACAGUGGUCUACAUCCUUACUGCACUCAACAACAACAAUCUUCUCAAGAUUGAGACAGGAGAGAUAAAGCACAACAUGGCAAAAGACAAGACAGGAACUAUUUCAUUUUAUGAUGGCUCUGAGUUAUUGAUCAAAAAGGGACAGACAGGUGACUUGGAAGUGACUGUUCCUGGUUCAUGAUCCCGUAGAAAUACAGACCACGGAGGCUCGUAGUUAAAAGUUGUCCACAAGUACAGCUUCAAUCAAAUCUGGGCAAUGACUGGCCACCUAAAGGCAGUCAAAAACAUUAUUAGUGUUAUAUUUCCAUGUUUGAAAAAUUACUCAUUUAAAUGUUGCUAUAAAUUUAUUUGCUCUCUAUAUAGCAUAGUGCAACCCUAGCACUCAAUGUGUUAGCUACGUGUUUUAGAACAGGGCUGUGUCUUGCGCAUGUAAGAUCUGCCUACAAGGCUAUCUGAGAAAUAUUUCUGCGACGCUCAAAACUUGAGUACGAUCAGCGUGAAAUAGGGGACUACCUAAAACCGUGAAGGAUUUUGAGAAAGUCUAGUCUAAUGGGGUCUAUUCUCUGUUGAAUUAUUACAUUCAGUUGGUUUUGCAUGGCCGGAAAAUAGGACUUUCGUGUGAUUUGACUUUCGGGUAAAAUUUACUGUCCGCAGUAAUGCUGGAGUAAGAAAAAUGAAAGUUUCAAGUGUGUGAUGGUUGUGACCCCAAGAACAAAUGCUUCGAACUUUGGGGUUUGUUGUCUAACUUCUUUUAGGUGAAAAAUUCCCGUAAUGGUGUGAGCAAAGUUGGCGGCAAAAAAAGAUAUUGCUUUGCCUUAGAUGAGGCUGGAUUAAUUUACUUUUUGUAUCAACAGAAUUAGUAGACGUUUCUAGAAAUUUGUUCUAAGACACUGUGUUGUGCUAUUGUUGUGUCAGACCUCCUGAGCGAAGUUGUAAACUAGCUGUUCAAAGACAAUUUUUGUCUAUGGAGCCUUUAGGAGGGUGUGGCAGGAUGGGUGAGGCAAAAUGUGGGUUGAGACAAGGAAGGGAAGGGGUAGAGAUAUUAGCUCUCGACAUUAUUUGUUCCUUUUAGUUCCGAUUAGUUCUAUAAAAAACUACAGUCCCAAUCCGUCUAAACCAUGAGAAACUAAAAGCCUACAGACAUGUGUGCUCUGGUGGCUAAAAGUCAGAAUUAUGGUGUCUUUUUGCCACGAUUCGAACGUGAUUUGGCAAAAAAGCAUAAGAACUGAGAAAAAUUAAAAUAGAUAGAUAGAUAGAUAAUUUAUUGAACCUUUAAAAUCACACCUCUAGAGCCGAAUUAGAUAAAACUUAAAACUUUACAAAUGAAUUCAAAUAAUAAGACUAUGCUAAAAUGUGAUCCAUGAAAAACAAAAAAGGACGUUUAUAUUACAAUUGCUGUAGAAAAAGAUAGUCUUUAGUAUGUUCGUUUUGCGAAUAGGGCUCCUUGAAGGAUGGCACAUUUAGUCUGACAUAGAGGCGUAAGAUGGCAGUUCUCUGCCUUGGCAGACUAAGAGUUGCUAAGGUCCUGCAGCACAUACAGGCUACUGUUUCGUAAAUACUGGGCAUGCUUCUAUUAAUUACUAGAUAAAAAUUGUUUAUAAAAUAAUGUAAAAAAAACUUUUUCAAUCAUUUCUCUUAUAAUUAGAACUAACUGGAAUAAUAGCCAUCUUAUUUUGUUUUAACUAGUAGAAGUAGAAGUAGGGUAAUUUGUACGAUCUUUUCAUAAAGGAACACUUAAAAACAUUAAAAUAUUUGUACUGAGUCAUCAAA